AUGUCGGCAAUGUCAGUAAAAGUCGAUAACAGAUAUAUAAUAAAGAAAAAAGAAAAUAAUAAUAAUUCAUGUGAUAAUUUAAAUGUAGAUAUAAAUCAUAUAAUUAAAGAUAUAUAUGGUUUUAAUCAUAGUAGAAAAAGAAGUGCCCAUUUUAUUAUCGAUGAUACAAUAAAUAAUAACAAUCAUGAUGUAAUAAAUAAUUUAUAUAAAAAAAUAAAAAUUCAAGACUACAAUAAUAAUGUAAUAAAAAAUGAAUCAGCUGAUAAUAAAUCAGAGUAUGAUGAUUCAAUUUCUACAAUAUUUGAUAUACAUGAAGAAAGUAAAAAUGAUAUAAAUAAUAAUAAAACAAGUCCUAGUCCCAAUAGUAACACACAUAGUGAUAAUUAUAAUUAUUCAAAACCAGAGUUAAAUAGAAAAAGUAUAAAGAAUAGUCGUAAUAUUAUUGAUAAUAGUGAUAAUAAAAAGAGACAAUGUAAUGGUUAUACACAUAGUUUUACUAAUGAACAAGCUGAAAAUAAUAUAUCCAAAAAAUUUGAAAUACUUAUUGAUAAUGUUCUAGAAAGAAUAUCAACAUGCAACGAAAUUAAUCAAGCAAAAAAAAUUAUGAUACCUAUGAUUAGUAAUUUUAUACAAAAUAAUUUUCAGACUAAAGAAAAUUCAGAAGAAAGUGAAAAAAUAAAUAAAAUUGAAAAUAAUGUUUUACAAAAAGAAAAAAAAGUUUUAAUAAAUGCAGUAAAAACACAAUAUCAAAAAAUUAUAAAUUUACAAAAAGUUGUUGAUAAUCAAAAAAUGGAAUUAAAAAAAAAAAAUGAUGAAUUAAAUAAAAUAAAAGCUAAAGUUCAUGAAUAUUUUUAUGAUUUAAAUAAUCCAAACAAAAGAGUUUUCAACAUUUUAACUCCCGAUGUCUAUUAA